CGGUGCGGAAGUUGCCGGGGGCCGCGCGGCCUCCCGGGCAGCCCCAGCUAUGUCGUCGGAGGACAGGGGCGACGUGGACAGGGCUCCGCGCGCCGCGGCCACGCUCUGUGGCCUGUACCACGAGGCGGAGCAGCAGCUGCGGCACCUCCAGGGCCAGCUGGCCGCGCGCGACGCCCUCGUCGCACGGCUCCGCGCACGCCUGGCCGCGCUCGAGGGGGACGCGGCGCCGUCGCUCCUGGACGCGCUGCUCGAGCAGCUGGCGCGCUCCCGGGAGCAGCUGCAGCGCCAACAGGGCGGGUCCGCCGAGGCCCAGCUGCGGCAGGAGGUGGCGAGGCUCUCCCAGCAGCUGGAAGCCAAGGAGCAGGAGCUCCAGGAGCUGGUGAGGCAGCCGCAGCGGGACCAGGACAAGGAAGUGCUCCUGCUGCGGAGGAGUGUGGCUGAGAAGGAGCGGGCCCAGGCUGCCAGCCACCUGCUGUGCCGCUCCCUGGCCAAUGAGACCCACCAGCUGCGGAGGACACUGGCUGCCACUGCCCACAUGUGCCAGCAUCUGGCCCGGCGCCUGGAUGAGCUGCAGCAUGCCCAGGGGCACACGGUGGACACGAGGGAACAGAGCUGUGACAAGGCAGGUCACAGAGCAGCUGGAAGCUCCACUCUGGCUGCCAUGGAGAAGUUGCGGGAAGAGAACCGGCUGUUAAGGCAGAAAGUGGCUCACGUGGAAGACCUCAAUGCCAAGUGGCAGCGCUACGACGCCAGCCGGGACGAGUACGUGCAGGGGCUGCAAGCGCAGCUGCAGGGGUUGCAGGCCCCCGGGGAGCCGGCGCUGCUGAGGAAGGAGAUCGCCCGGCUCAACAUGCAGCUGGAGGAGAAGAUCUGUGCUUGCACGGAGGUGCAGCGGCAGCUGGCCGCAGCCAGGACGGCCCAGGAGGCCGCGCUGGAGCAGGUCCAGGUGCUGGAGCAGCAGAUUCUCGCCUACAAGGAUGACUUCAGGUCGGAGCGGGCCGACCGGGAACGGGCCCACAGCAGGAUUGGGGAGCUGGAGGAGGAGGUCACCUCCCUGCUGGGCCAGCUGGCCCGGGUACAGGACUCACGAGAGCCGGGUUCCUGCCGCCUGCGCCUGAGGAGCAAGGCUGCCCAGUACCUAGAGACUGAUGCCUCGGAGCCCGCGGCGCCCAGUGGCUGGAGGCCCGGGCCGCAGGGCCCCAACGCAGCGCCGGGGGCUGAGGGAGACCUGCAGUGCCCUCACUGCCUGCGGUGCUUUGGCGAGCAGGGCCAAGAGCUGCUCCAGCACAUGGCCGAGUGCUGUCAGUGACCCGAGCCUGGCGGCCCCGCCCCGGACAGCUGUCCCAGGAGGCAGGUGGACCCUCGCAGUGGGGUCGCCGUGGUGGCUGUGCACCCUGGUUCUCUGCCCAGGCUGACAAGCCCUAGUGGAGAGGGGACAUGCUGCUGGUGGGGCCUGAGGGGCGGGGCCCCAGGCUGAAGCUGUGGGCACUCUGCUGCUGGAGUGUUUAGGGACCAGGGUGCUGCUCCCGCCCUUGUGGGGUGGGGGACCCCCACUUCCCCAAG